CUCAGAGGUUUGGGGGAGCAAACAUUUCUGUCACAGGUGAAGCAGAGGCAUCCACUCAAGCAACUUUCUUGGAGAAAACUUGAGAACUUAUCAACAUACUCUAACGGUCUGUGUGUGCCCAAGCUCCAGGGCCUCUCUCCAGGAAGAUGGCUGACCACCAAAAUGACACUCUGAGAAUUGUUCUGGUCGGGAGAACUGGAAGUGGGAAAAGUGCCUCAGCAAACACCAUCCUUGGGGAAGAUAAGUUUAAAUCUCAGAUUUCUGCCCAAGCUGUUACCAAGACCUGUCAAAAAGAAACCCGAGCAUGGAAGGGAGGACAGCUUCUUGUUGUUGAUACUCCAGGGCUCUUUGACACCAAGCAGAGUCUGAAGACCACGUGUGAAGAGAUCAGUCAGUGUGUCCUUUACUCCUGCCCAGGACCUCACGCCAUCAUCAUGGUCAUGCAGCUGGGCCGCUACACAAAGGAAGAGCAGAACACUGUUGCAUUGAUCAAGACAGUCUUUGGGCCGGAAGUCACAAAGAACAUGAUAGUCUUGUUCACUCGCAAGGAAGAGUUGGAGGGCUGUAGCCUUGAUAGCUUCCUGGAAAGUGCGGAUGUGAACCUAAGAAGCAUCAUCAAGGAGUGCGGGAACCGCUAUUUUGCCAUUAGCAACAAAGCAGACAAGGUCGAGAAGGAAGUUCAAGUGCAGAUGCUGGUGGAGCUGAUAGAUAAGAUGGUGGAGAACAAUGGAAGGGCUUACUUUUCUCACCGUAUAUAUGAGAACAUAGAGGAAAAGCUGCAAAAGCGUGGAGAGAUUCUGAAGAAAAUUUAUGCUGAAGAACGAGAUAAUGAAAUCCGACUAAUAGAACAGGAAUAUGCUACUAAGCUAGAGGAAGAAAAGGAGGAACAAAUAAAAUUAACAAUGAUGAGAUAUGAAGAAAAAAUUAGAAAUAUAAGGGCAGAAGCUGAGAAGAAUAUAUUCAAAGAUGUGUUAAGUGUGAUUUUGAAGACAAUUUCAAGAGUCUGGCAUACGUUUUGGAAGUAAUGUAAUUUUCAUUCUUUCCUUUUAAUUUAGUACCAUUUGUUACUGUAGUGAAUUACUGUAUGUUUCCAAAGAUGACUACGACAAUAUUUCCCAUCUCCUGAUUUAUGGAGAUAUAGUUGACAAAUAAAAAUUGCAUAUAGUUACUGUGUACAGUGUGAUGUUUUGACAUAUGUAUACCUUGUGAAAUUAUUUAUUCAAGGUAGUUAAUACACCUGUCACCUCAUGUAGGUCUUCUUUUUAGUGCAGUGAAAACAAUUUAAAGUCUAUUUUCUUAGCAAAUUUAAAAAACAAACAAAAAACAAAACAAAACAAAAAAAAAACAAGAUGGCAUCAUAACUAUAGAAACUGUGUUGUACUUUAGAUCUCCUGAACUGAUUCCUCCUGCAUAAUUGAACA